AGAAGUAGGAAAGCAUUUAGUGCCCCGGAGAUGGAGCGUAUGAACACGCCUUAUGUCGCGAUGGGUGGAGAAUUUAUGGCUGCAAAUGAUCAGUUUGACUACAUGGAUACGGAUACGAAUGUUCUGAAUCUGGACGAUGGUAGAGAGGGUCGUUCACCCCUGGGUGACCCGACCGCUCAAGACGGCAAGUACCCGAACAUUGACGGUGAUGGCAGCGACGAGGACGAUGGACCAGAGUUAUCUCCGGGUGGUAUACUUGAUGAAGAAACUGUAGCAAGAGGGCUGUCAAAUGUGGGUCGCUCAGCUAGUGGUCAGCAUCAAGUCUAUUUACAUUUGGCACUGCCUGGGUAUGCCUUGAAAGACAUUAGCAUUUUAUCAGAAUUUGUCCACCUCCAGAAAGUAGAGCUGCCUUACAAUGAAAUAACAGAUUUAUCACCACUUGACAGCCUGGAACACCUGUUAAUCCUAGAUGUGUCCAAUAACAAGCUUACUAAGCUGCUUAACUUUUUGCCGCCCAAAAACUUGAAAGAAGUGGAUAUGUCAUUUAACAUGAUAGAGGAGAUGUCUGAUCUCUCUGCUCAUAGUUGUCUUUGCAAGCUAAUACUCGACAAUAAUAAAAUCACAACUAUAAAGGGAAUAGAGGCCUGUCAGAGAUUAAGCCACCUGAGUUUGGCUCACAAUAAUUUGGAACAAAUACAAGGACUCGAAAAUUUACCAAUAAAAAUUCUUAAUCUUCGUGGCAAUAAAAUCAAGAAGAUAGAAAACAUCGAGACACUGAGAUAUUUACAGCAUGUAAACCUUUCUGGCAACAGCAUAAGAAGCAUGGAGGGUCUGAAGGAGCAUCGUCUCUUGGAAUCCAUUGAUAUAGAGGAUAAUGAGAUAAUAGAUAUUUCAGAACUGAAGUACAUUUGUGACCUGCCGAUGUUGCGUAACUUAAAUUUGCUGAGAAAUCCUCUUCAGGAGUUACCAGACUACAGACUCUCCAUCCUUUUUCGCAUCCAAAGACUAGUGGAGCUAGAUAGACGCAAAGUGGAAGUUGAUGAAAAGGUGGCUGCUGUUAACAUGUUUAACUCACCAUUAGAGGUAGUAGCUGCAAAAGACCACAUUUUGCAUGUGGUUUACAAUUUUCUUCAGCCUUGUAAAGUCUGGGACAGCACAUUGCCUAGCACUGAGACGCCAUAUCCUAUGUUGGUGUUGGUUGGCCCUGAGGGCUCAGGCAAAAAAGAACUGGCCAUGAAGUUGGUUGAGGAAUUUCCAGAUUAUUUUGGAUAUGGUAUUUCACACACGACUAGGAAACCAUAUCCAAAUGAAGAGGCAGGAAAAGACUACCACUUUGUGUCUUUGGAAAUGUUUGAGCAAGAAGUGAAAAUGGGCCAGUUCAUCCAAACUUAUGAGCUCAGUGGAAAUUGGUAUGGCCUUCAGAUGGAAUCUAUUGAGAGCAUAGCCCGAGAAGGGUUGGCCAGUGUUGUGCAUAUGGAGCUGGAGGGGAUGUUGUCUCUCAAAAACACUUACUUUGAGCCCCGUUAUGUGCUAAUUAUGCCUCUGACCAGGGAAAACCAUGAACGCCGUCUGAGGGAAUCCGGGCUAUAUUCGGAAUCUCAGGUUGAAAACAUCAUCAAGAGAGCAAAACUCUGUGCUGAACACAAUCAGAAUAACCCUGGCUUCUUUGAUACAACGAUAAACAGUGAUGAUAUUCAGGAGGCAUACAGACGUUUAAGGCGCUUGGUCAUGGACUACCUGGGUAUUAACAUCCCCACACCGCCAAUGUCAGAACAUGGGGAGACAACAGAGUCACAUGGCACUACAGAGCCUACAGUGGCAGGUCAGAAUGGAGGUUCAGCAGCUAUGGGAAGAGCAUGGUCUAAAGCGAGCAUAGCAGACAGCCUUACUCUCUCCCAAGCUCAUACCUGGACAAUCAAGGCACAAUCACCAAUACUUUCUGGGCGAGGAAUUGUGGAAGAGGAGUCCCUGAAGAGGCGUCAAAGUGCUGCAAAAGAGGCAGUAGCUGGUUAUGUACCUCCUCUAUAUGAACAACUUCUCAGCCAAUGUCCUCGCACUGCUCCCCACACUGCCGCUGGUCAGCAUGGGUUGGAGGGCAAUGCUGAAGGUCUGAGGUCAGUAUCUGCUCCGGCUGACCAUGUGGGUAACAUGGACACACUUCCACCUGACUCACCAGACUCCAGUUCAGCCAGCUCCAAAAAGAGUGACCACCUCUCUAACCUCACUUCAGCCAGCCCACCUCCUAGGGAAAACUCACCUGAAGGCUCCGAGGCACAGAUCAAUGAGAAUCAUUCACUGCCAAUGGAAACUGUUGACCCCAUGGACUUGUUUUCUGGGGGCCAGACGUUCAGCCACAAGUCUGGGUCACGUCCUCAGUCAGCUGCUAAAAUGUCAAUGGAUCUACCUCCCCCUAGGCCUGCAUCUCAUUGCUCACAAAAUGACAGUCACCAAUGUAACCGUCCUGGUUCAGACAGACAUGCCGUGUUGCCCCCAAUAUCUCCGUCCCCUAAACCACUGAAAGCUACAGCUACUUUCUAAAAUCAGUCUCUGAAAACCUGAAAGCCAAGCAAGACUGUGAUAUGAAACAGUUAUCUGUUUCAUUACAAUUUUAAUCUUAUGCUCAACUAUGGUGAUAUUUAUGAUUUUGGGAAACCAGUGUGUACUUAAAAAUCAGCAUUAUGCAAAAGGUCGUGCACAAUUCUACAGAUACUUUUUCUUAUUAACUGCUACACCCAAAACAAGUGAAGAUCUGUAGCAUAGCAAUAGUAACAUUAUUGUCCUGCUUUCAUGUUAUUACUGUUUCACCAAGUAUACAGCAAUUGUUAUAAAUACAUCUGAGUGGUAACGCAUCUGAAUAAAGGUAUAGAUUUACUGUAUAUAUUACCAUGAAUA